AUGGCCCCUCGCUACCGCAAUAUAGCAGUCAUAGGUGCUGGGCCCUCGGGCAUCUCGGCAGUCAAAGCCCUGCAUGAAGAGAAAGUCUUUGAGAAAAUUCGGAUAUUUGAGCGACGUGAUAAGCCUGGGGGUAUCUGGCAUUAUGAUCCUACUCCAGACGUUUUCCCAAUCCCACAGAAUUCACCGCAGUUGCGAAAUGCGAUCCCCAAGAAGCUACCUCAAUUCGCAUCUCCAAGCCCCGAAGACACGACUGCACGAACUGGAAUUUACGAUGCCCUUGACAGCAAUGUGGGCUCCAAAGCCAUGGCAUUCACCCACAGACCGUUUCCAAGCGUGAAUUCGGCAUUAUCUGUUAAGCAAUUUGGACAUUCAAAUCCAACCCACCCUUUUCGCACCAUUGCGGGGUAUUUGGAGGAUCUCUUCAAGGAUUACUACCACCUCGCUAGUUUCAACACGACUGUUGAGAAGGUCGAGAAACAAGAAGGAAAAUGGAUUUUGACUCUUCGACAGUCAGGCCAUGUCCGAAAUGACGAACCAAAGGACUAUUGGUGGCAGGAGGAAUUUGAUGCUGUCAUCGUGGCAUCUGGGCAUUACAGUGCGCCAUUGGUUCCAGAAAUCCCUGGGUUAGAGAACGCUGUCUCAACUCACCCGGCGAAAUUUGAGCAUUCCAAGGCUUAUCGCAGCCAAAAUGAUUAUGUGGACCAAAGAGUCGUGAUAGUCGGAGGAAACGUUUCAUCUGCUGACCUUGUGGUUGAUCUGCAUGCUAUCGUCAACGCCCCGUUGUAUCUCUCGCAGAGAGGAUAUAACGAGGUCCUGCAAUCGGCGUGGGACUUGCCCAAUGUGCAAACAAAGCCUGUGAUCUCAAGCAUUCAAAGUAAUUCUGAGGGUGUUAGCGUGAAGUUCUCGGAUGGCAGCGAAGUCGCCGACCUGGACAAGAUUAUCUUCGCCACGGGAUAUAAGCUCUCCUACCCAUUUUUGACUCCCGACCCUGUGACGCCCAACAACCGAGUCGCGGGCUUUUAUCAACAUGUGUUCAAGAUCGGUGAUCCAUCCCUAGCACUCGUGGGACAGAUUCGGGCUGCGAUCAGCUUCCGUUCCUAUGAGUACCAGGCUGUCGCUGUUGCGAGGUACUUUGCAGGGAGAAAUGCGAAGCCAUUGCCCAGCCCUCAGCAGCAGGAUUUGUGGGAGGUGGAAAGGCUGAAGUAUAAGGGACCCACGACCCUGUUCCACGAGAUCAAACCCGAUUUCAAGGAAUAUUUUGAUUUCUUGCAUGACUUCGCGGGGCCACCUGCGAAGGAGAGUGAUGCGAAUGAGUUACCGGCCUGGGAAGAUAGAUGGGCUGAGCAAGCUUUUGAGGUUUUGCAGUUGAAAGAUAAAUAUUGGAAGUCUUUGAAAAAGGCUACAGAUAGCUCAAGUCAGGUUAAGGCUAAGCUAUAG